AUGAAGGUUGAUGGCAAGGUUUUUGGGGUGGAUGGUCGUGGCGUAGGAGGGGUGAUGUUCGCGCAACCGGCAAGCUACGUGGAUGGCCAAGGUGAGCUCAAGACGUACCAGUGGCUUAACGGCCCGCCAAGCUACGACGCAUGCCAAAAUAUGCCUCAAUGGCUCACCGAGUUAGUAAACAACAAUGCCGGCAAGUGCGCGACGACGGAAGAAGAGGAAGAGAGCUCAAGCGUUGGAUCCGAGUUGGCAGGGUUCGUGGAUGCAUCAGGAUUAGAGGGCGUUGAGGCUUCAAGCAUUGAGCUCAAUCCGCCGUCCGUGAGCUCUGGGUCGCCACACAGCAAAGACCUCUUCCUGGCUAAACUGGCUGAGAUGCUCAAAGAGGUCGGCGAUACGACGAGCACAUACGCAGGGUCGCUGUCACACGGCCUUUAUGGGACGUACUAUUGCUACAGAACGCAUGGGCCUCGAAGGUGCUUCCUUGGCCAUAUGCACUCGGGAAGCAACAAUUUCAACCUCCUCAAAAGAGGCCUGAAUGUCUACUAUCGCUGUCAUGGCAACGAAUGCUCCCACAAGCCGGUCAAAAAGCUUGGGGUCUUGGACGACCUCAAGGCUGCCUUGCAAGAUGCAACCACAGAGCCCGUGGAUCCUUACGACGAUAUGCAAGUUGUCACUCAAUACACGAGAGGAACGCGAGAAGUCCAGAAUUUGUUGCUCAAAAACGUUGUUGAGCAUGCGGCUCCAAAGGCAUACGCCAAUCUCGGACGCCUGUUCGCCUACCUGUACAUGAUCGAGGGCCGUAUCCUUGCAACCACCAACGAGGUGGAGAAGAGUCGAGACCAGCUCUUUUUUGCAUGGAAUGGUUCCUCGUGGGUGCAAGACACGUCGAACCUUGUUACCAGCGUGUUCACAAAUCAGAUGGGUUGUUUGCUAUCAUGGUAUGAGAGACAGCGGGAGAAAGCUCUGGGGGCUCUGUACUCAAAGCAUCCGGAUUUGGAGGGUUUUGUGGUGGAUGGCGUUUUGAGGCCUCUCAAGAUAGACGAGCUUAAUUCAAAGCAGCUGAGAAAGAUCAAGCUGGCUACAGAAGCGUGCAUGAAGGAGCGUGACGAGAGCAUGCCCGACUUUGGCAAGAUCAAUGUGCAAGAUAUUGUCGACGUGCGCAAGUGUAUGCACUCCGCGUUCAACGAAUUGCACGUGCCCGGUUUGCUUGACAAAUUUGAUCAGGAUCGUGCGGUUGCCAACGCCCCAAAUGGCUUGAUUAAUCUUCGAACGGGAAAACUUCUGCCCCAUCACCCCCAGAACCUCUGCAACAAUCAGACGUGCAAGUACAUCCCGGGUGCUUCCACACGAUCAACUGCCAGAUUCCGGACAUUUCUGAUGGAUGUUCUACCACCAUCGGCGAUUGUGUGGCUUCAAAUGUUCUUGGGAUAUUGUCUUACGGGCGAGACAUCGGAGGAGCUUUUUGUCAUCGCAAACGGCUUCAGUGGAGCGAAUGGUAAAACCACGCUGUUGCGAGCACUCGAAAGGGCACUAGGAGGCUACUCUUGCGUUGGGGAGAAGGCAAUCUUCAUCAAGCCCUCCUUCAGGGCCAACGCAUCCACGGCAUCAACUCACCUCAUGCAGAUCCGAACGAAGAGGAUCCUCCAAAGGGGACGGGCCGAAUGA